AUCACGUCGUUACGUAUUCAAAUAAGACACUUGGCUUCCUGAGUGAUAGCAUCAUGGAUAUUGCAUCCAAAUCCAAGCGUCUUUUGAACAACUGCCCGGUUGUUACUGGUUUUUGGAACUCGAUAAAUCGAAUAAACAUCUAACCAGAAGAUAUGAGAGCGGGUCUGUCCUGAGUGAAGAUGAGGCGUCUGAGCAGAAGGAAAGCCCUGAGUCUGGUGAAGGAGCUGGACGCCUUCCCCAAAGUGUCAGACAGCUAUGUGGAGACUUCCGCUUCCGGAGGGACAGUUUCACUCAUCGCUUUCAGCACCAUGGCUCUUCUGUCCCUCCUGGAGUUCUUUGUUUACCAAGAUACUUGGAUGAAAUAUGAAUAUGAAGUUGACAAGGAUUUUUCAAGUAAGUUACGAAUAAACGUCGACAUCACGGUUGCCAUGAAAUGCCACCAUGUGGGAGCAGAUAUCCUGGAUUUGGCUGAAACUAUGAUCACAUCUGGUGGACUGCAGUACGAGCCCGUUGUCUUUGAACUCACCCCAAAACAGAGAGAGUGGCAGAGCUCUUUGCAUCUCAUCCAAAACAGGCUGAGAGAAGAACACGCUUUACAGGAAGUUCUAUACAAAAGUCUACUUAAAGGAGCUCCAACAGCUCUGCCUCCUCGGGAGGAUGUCUAUAUACAGCCCCCCGACGCUUGCAGGAUACACGGAGAUCUGUACGUCAACAAAGUGGCGGGAAACCUGCACAUCACUGUGGGAAAGCCGAUCCACCAUCCUCAGGGCCAUGCGCACAUUGCGGCGUUUGUGAGCCACGAGUCGUACAACUUCUCCCAUCGAAUAGAUCGUCUAUGUUUUGGCGAGGAGAUACCCGGCAUCAUCAAUCCUCUGGACGGCACAGAGAAAAUCACCUACAACAAUAACCAGAUGUACCAGUACUUCAUUACAGUGGUGCCCACAAGAUUGAAUACGUAUCAGAUUUCUGCGGACACGCAUCAGUUCUCUGUCACAGAGCGGGAGAGGGUGAUAAACCAUACAGCAGGCAGUCACGGCGUUUCCGGCAUCUUUUUCAAAUACGACACCAGCUCUCUGAUGGUGACGGUCAGCGAGCAGCACAUGCCGCUCUGGCAGUUCCUGGUGCGACUGUGCGGCAUCAUCGGAGGCAUUUACUCCACCACAGGCAUGCUUCACAGCCUCGUCGGCUUCUGCUUUGACAUCGUCUGCUGUCGCUUCAAUCUGGGAGUCUACAGGCGGCGAGAGGAUGGGAUGCUCCACAACCAGAUGAACAAUCUGAGCAACCAUCAGGCUCCUCUGCUGGCUCCCAACGCUCUUCACGAGUGACCAAGGUUUUCACGUUCUUUGAAGCGCACUGGAGAAAUAUCUACUUGCUGUCAUUUUGACAUAAAAAAAUGUUUGGAGCCUUUAAUUUAUGUUAAAAAUUAAACAAAAAUUCAAAAAAAAAUAUGCAUAUUGCACUUAAGGUCAAUGUUAUUUCAUUAUUACCAGACAAACUUGAGUUUUGUCAGAACAGGUAUCCCAGCAGGUCAAACAAUUUGCAGACACAGAAAGUUUCUCAAUGAUUCAAAAGAUUUGUCCACUUUUUGUUCAGAAAAAAAUAUUUUCUUAGGGUUUUAUCAUCUAAUUUAUGUUAAAAUUAAACAAAAUUGAAAAAAUAAGUGUUUUUAAGCUAAAACUAACAGAAAAUGAGAUUUUGUAUAAAACAAAAGGAUGUUAAUUUGAUUAAUAUGUAUUUUUUACAUUUCUAAAGCCACAAAUGAAACACUGCACGGCAGUUGCACUUUUUAAGUCCUUUUUAUUUCAUUUAUGUCAGACAGACUUGAAGAGUUUUGUCAGAACAGGGAUCACAGCUGGUCAAACAAUUUGCAGACGACACCAGAAAGAUUCUCGAUGUCCCCCAUCGCCGCCACCCCGUGAAAACGGCGCUUUGUGAUCAGACACACAAGAGCGAAACUCCACACAGAUGAUGGCGUUAAAAUAGCCCUGUAGCUUUUUGAGGACAACCUGACAAGAACAGCUUCAUUCAGGUCUCCUUUGAACACCAGACGUUAGCUUUGCAUAAACAUUAAGUUUUUGUCCCUCAUUUUCUUCCCAUAAAAAGGCUCAUUAUUAUUAUUCCAGCAAGCCUUUCAAUACUGCACAGCUUUCCUCAAUUCUUUCCCUAAAAAAAAAAAAAAAUUAAUAACACUCUUUGUAGACUGAGGGAAGCUCUGUGGUCCUGUGUGAUACACAAGCAAAGAUCAACAGUCGCUCACAUGUUUUUGGUUGUCUAAGAAUAAUUUAUCUAUUUACAGAACUGGGAUAAUUUGUGUAAGAAUCCUUUACCCUUGUAAAAUAUUUUUGUUUAAAAAAAAAAAAAUCUUCAUUCUGUAAGGUGUGGCGUCCCACAUGGCUCUUUAUUUGGUCCACUAGUUUUCUUGUUAAUUUGACUUUUAUAUUAAAUCAUUUUUAAACUGUA